GCCAGGAAACACACACUUGAUUGCAGACCUCUGUCUCCUCAGCAUCUUCCUUGCUGGUCAGCAAUGUAUCGGCCAGCUGUGGUGCGGGCCAAGAAGAGAGCUUGUGUGGAGCCCUGGGUUAUUGGCCUCAUCACCUUCAUAUCCCUGAUUGUCCUGGCAGUGUUCAUUGGCCUCAUUGUUCACUAUGUGAGAUACAAUCAAAGGAAGACCUACAAUUACUAUAGCACAUUGUCAUUUACGAGUCACAAACUAUAUGGAGAGUAUGAAACAGAGGCUUCUAAGAAUUUUACAGAAAUGAGCCAGAAAAUUGAAUCAAUGGUGAAAAAUGCAUUUCAUAAAUCUUCAUUGAGGGCAGAAUUUGUCAAGUCUCACAUCAUCAGGUUCAGUCAAGAGGACCAUGGAGUGUUGGCUCAUAUGCUGCUGAUUUUUAGAUUUCGCUCUACUGAGGAUCCUGAAACCAUACAUAAAAUUAUUCAACGUGUUCUACAUGAAAAGCUUCAAGAUGCUGUAGGACCCCCUAAAUUACAUCCUGAGUCAGUUGAAAUUAAAGAAAUCAACAAAACAGAAACAGACAACUUUCUCAACAACUGCUGUGGGACACGAAGGAAUAAAACUACAAGUCAGAGUCUCAGGAUAGUUGGUGGGACAGAGGUACAAGAGGGUGAAUGGCCAUGGCAAGCCAGCCUGCAAUGGGAUGGGAGUCAUCGCUGUGGAGCAACUUUAAUUAAUGACACAUGGCUUGUGAGUGCUGCCCACUGCUUUAGAAUAUAUAAGGACCCAGCCAGAUGGACUGCUUCCUUUGGAGUAACAAUAAACCCUCCAAAAAUGAAACGAGGCCUCCAGAGGAUAAUUGUCCAUGAAAAAUACAAAUACCCAUCACAUGACUAUGACAUUUCAGUCGCAGAGCUUUCUACCCCUGUUCCCUACACGAAUGUGGUACACAGAAUUUGUCUCCCUGAGGCAUCUCAUGAGUUCCACCCUGGCGAUGAGAUGUUUGUGACAGGAUUCGGAGCACUGCAAAAUGACGGUAACAGUCAAAAUCACCUUCAGCAAGUGCAAGUGGACCUCAUAGACUCUAAAACCUGUAAUGAACCCCAAGCUUACAAUAAUGCCAUAACUCCUAGGAUGUUAUGUGCCGGCUCCUUGCAAGGAAAUAGAGAUGCAUGCCAGGGUGACUCCGGAGGACCACUGGUUAGUCCAGAUGCUAGAGAUAUCUGGUACCUUGCUGGAGUAGUGAGCUGGGGAGAUGAAUGUGGGCUACCCAAUAAGCCCGGUGUUUAUACUAGAGUGACUGCCUUCCGAGACUGGAUCGCUUCCAAAACUGGUGUCUAAGAAAGAAAAACCUAGUAGAAAGGAACACACUUUUUUUUGUGUAUAGGCCAUUCUUAGAUAUAGUGAAUUGCAGAAGAAGCCAUGCAGAUCACCUGGGCCUGACCGAUUGAACUAAACUGUCUGCUGGAUGUGUAUUUCCUUCCUAACUCUGCCCCAUACAGCAUCCUGCUUCUGCCAGAUGGAUUCUGUUCCAACUUGUUUUCUGGAAGUUCUCUGUCAUCAAACUUUGGCUUGUUGACAUAAAUUUCUCAUGCAUAUAUACAA